UUAUAUCUAUGGAUUUGUCCGUGUUUGAGCGGCGUGAGGGCGUGGCUUCGUUAUCAAACUUGUGUGUACUUGUUUGCAAAAUUGAAAAUUUUGUAAAAGCGCAAAAUUCAUUUUCAUUUAUUCAAAUUUUAUUCAAAUGAACGUUGAAUUUCAAGUUGAAUUUUCAUUUUCAGCCUUCUUACUUCUUAUUCUUCAAAAAAAUGCAUAAGAUUCACUGCUCCAAUUCAUCAACUCCAUUUCCCUCAAACCAAAUAGCGACUCCUUAUGGAGCCCACCCAAGAACUGCGGUCCAAGACACCAUCACCGGCUGUGUCACCGGCAUAUCGGACGUGCUGUCAACACAUCCAUUAUGGACGUUGAAAACUCUCACUCAAGAUGGCCUGAAAUCCAAAGGUAUCGCUCGCCUCCUGCGAACUAAUCCAUUAAUCUUAUACAACGGAGUAUUCGCGCACUCGAUGAGUAUGAUACCCAUAACAACUGUUCGAGUUUUCCUUAGCAGCACUUUCGAGAAAUGUUUAGGUGACCGGAAUACCCCAGCGACACAUCUGCUCACUACCGGAAUAGCUGGCGGUCUGAGUUCACUCAUAAGUACACCGACCGAACUCGGUCGAACGAUUAAAUUAAAAUCUACCACGCUCCAGAAAGAAGGCCACGUUUUGACGCAUUCGUUUCAAGAUACUUCUCAAAUAAUGAAAAAAGUCUGGCAAACCGAAGGUCAUAUUCGUUUAUUGAAUGGGUUUUCAUCAAUUGCUCUUCGAGACGGUAUCUAUACGGCGGCUUUUUUCUCCGGCGCUAGAUUAUUUAAAAAGGUCAUAAAUCCGUACUUUGAGAAUGAAGUUGUUAAAAGCAUCGUUGCAUAUUCUACCGUCAGUAUUUUCGCCUCAUUUAUUAAUCAUCCUUUUGAUGUAAUAAAAACCAGACAGCAUGUGGCCUUCACAACGUACUGGCAAUUGAAGAAAACCAAUUUGAACGACUCUAAGUUUCUCAAAGCUACUGUUGCUCUUUAUAGAGAAAAAGGCGUUGCUGGAUUUUGGCUCGGAUAUCCUGCCAGGGGAAUGAGGUUUUUAAUUGGUUUGGUGGUGAAAGCUUCGGUUUUGGAGCAAAUGGAAUAUUUUUGGGGUAUUUAUAAUCAACGUGUUGAUUAAAGUAUUGAUGUACAUUGUACCUACCAUAUACUAUGAAUAAAUCUGUGAUAUUGUUGUUUUAA